AUGGAAGGCCUUUUGACUUUCGGGGACGGCCAAUGGAAUGCACUGCUCCCGACCAAACUGACGGAGGCAUCGAUCCGGCAAGUGCCACUCCACAAUCCCAAAACAAAUGAGUGGGACCCUCGUGCACCAUUGGCCGAUAUGCUCGGGGAAUUGCUGGAGAUGCCAUUGCACGAUGUUCUCCGGGUAUGGAUCGAAGAUGAUCUACACGCGCAAAAUGAGUAA